GUCCUUCAAAAUGCUGGAAAAUUACAGUCUGGGUCACACUGGGAGGAAGCAUUGCUUUGAAUGUGGCCCUUAUUGUUCUUCUGAUAGUAUUUCAGAUACAAGGUGUUGUCUACCCAUCGACUUCAACCAAUUCGUGUGGAUGGAUCCCAGGUACUUUAAUAGCUUCCGUGAACUUUGAUCCAGAGACUGCUCAUCGCCGGAUCGUCAUUUCUAGGGAUCGAAAAACUACAACAUGGGGAAGGGAAGAACAACCACUUCCUGAAAGUGAUAAAAGAUUUAACACGCGGGUUUGGGUUCUGGGUCAGCCUGGGUUUAAAUCAGGAAAACACUGUUGGGAGGUGGAAAUAAAACACGAUGGAGAAUGGGCGGUGGGAGUUGCCAGGCAGUCAGUGAAGAGAAAAGGAAUGACGGAUUUUAGCACCAAAGAAGGCAUCUGGGCUGUUGCAGAAUAUUGGGGGAAAGCCAAUUACGUAGCUUUUACUGAGCCACAACACACCAAGAUUUUUUUUGAAAAGAAGCCCCGGAGGAUUCGUGUGUUUGUGGAUUACCUCUAUCAAGAAGUGGAAUUUUUCAAUGUAGAAACAAAGACUACCAUAUUCUUUUUCUCAAACGCAUCCUUCUCUGGAGAAAUAAUCUACCCCUGGUUCCGGGUUUGGGAUGGAACUGAGCUGACGCUUCAUCCCUAAUGCCCAGCACUUAAUGAAAAAGGGAGCUCUUUCUCAUGCCACUCUGCUGGCUAGGUAUGGUGGGAGCUGUGGUCUAGCAUAUUUGGAAGAUGGCCCUGUGGAUUAUACUACUUGGGAUUGUGAACAUUAUGCAAUCAUGGCUAUUGCAGAAAUGCUUACUUCAACCAUCCAUACAACCUUUCACCUAAUACCUUCAGGAAAAUUUGGGAAUUAUAGAUAAGUCACCAGUUUGGGGAAGCCUAUUCUAGAGUGUAUAAAAGGUUGCAACCAAGUUAAUUCUCUACAGUCAUAAGAGUAAGAUAUGCAAAUAUCUCUGCAGAUAUGAAUAAGCUUCUGUAAUUUCAAAGUAUGAGUCUUUCCAACAGAGGUCCAUUGUAUUUCAACAAUAUUCCCAGCUAUGGUCCAUGAGAAUCACACAGGUUGAUUGUGGGGACAGUCACGCAGGUUGGUUGUGAUGCAAACUGUGGCUGAAAUCUCAAAUUUUGGCAGCAUUGUUCAGGAUUUCAGAUAGAGCACAAACAUUUUAUAUUCCCAUGAGCGAUAUCAUGAGAUCACAGCACUUGUGGGCAUCACACAAUCAACUUGCUUAUGUAGCAAUUUGUGAUAAGAAAGUUUGCAUGAAGAAAAAAAUGGGAAUUGUCAACCAUUCAAUUUUCAGCACCUUAAGUAGUCAAGAUAGAAUUCCACUCUUGAAUCUUAGUGUUCUGUGAAGAUUUCCAAUACAGAUAUGAUCCAGGUCUGAUCUUUCUUAUUCACGUAAGGUUAGGCAGAUAUUGCUACUUUUUGAAAUACAUUUUACCUAAGCCCAAAUGAAAUAAACCACAUCAUGACUUAGGUGAUUUGUGAAUUUGAUCAUGUUAUUUAGUAUUGCAGUAAUUUCAGUAGUAUGAACCCAAUUUUUGUCAUAUUUUUAAUAUUAACUUAGGGGGCUUAUACAGUAAUAAAGGCCUACUCCCUUCCACAAUCAUUUAGUUUAGUUAGUUCAGAUUCAUCAUGAUCCAGUGGAGAUUUCUCCAGGAUUGGCAGAACUGUUUCUUUGAGUCCUUGCAAGCUCAUUCAGGUGUCACCAGUGACAGCAUCCAGCCAACUUGUGUCUGUUGCCCCUGCCCAAACUUUAACACAAUCCUUCUAGUAUUGAAACAUUCUUGCAGUCCAAGGUGUUCUCAACAAUUCUCUCCAGCAAAAUGUGGGUUCCUACAAAUGUAUUAGGGGAGUGUAACUCCCGUAAUUCUAGCCUUCCAAACAGCUUCUGAUAUCUUCCAAUAAGUAAAUAUAUAUUGUCUGUGAAUCUUUUGCCCCAUUUGUAACGUUCAUUGGGUGUUUGCCGACAUGUAUUCUCAACUGUUAACUGAGGUUCUCUGUCACAGAAUCCUUUCUGCCA